GGACCCCCAAGCAGUCCCUGUCCCUCUGUCCCCCUGUCCCUCUGUCCCCCUCCCAGUCCUCUCCCAUUCCCUUCAUCUCUCACUUUCUGUCCAGGUUUUUCUCUGUGGUUCCUGCACAGCUUAUGGCUCUCCCCACAGUCCCAUUCAUUCCCCUCUUUCUCUUCCCAUGGCAUUUCUGGGGUUGCCUGCACAUGUCCUGGUCCCCCCAGCACGAGCCCAGCACGAGGCUGGGCUGGGGAUGUGUCACUGGCUCUGUUAUUCCCCUUCUUAGCCAGGAAAAUAGACCGGAGGUCACUCAGCCACCCACUUGGUGACAAGAAGGGAACAAUGCAGGGAGGCCCCAUCUACACCAAGCUCUGACACCAGCUUGUCAGCCUGACCCAGUGGUGGCACCUGGGCAUGUCUGGUCCUGGCAGGGCUGGGCAGGAUGCUCAGUGCCCUGGAGUGCUGCAGUGGGGCAGGGCCACAUGUCACCAGGCUGGGCACCGGCUGCCACCCUCCUGUCCCACACAUGGGGCACAAACAGCUCCAUCUUCCCGCUGUGGUUCUCCUGUCUGCCCCCAGUUGCCUCUUGCCCACUUCCUCCUUCUCAGGGUUGUGUGAUGGCAGCUGGAAAUCUCUCCCCCCUCGAUGGCUGGAUCCCCUGGAUGCUGGUGGCGGUGGUGACAGCUGGCAGUCACCUCAUACUUCAGUCUGGCCGCGCACCCGCAGGGCUGUGGGCACGACGUGGCGUGACGUGGUGGAGCCAAAGGGAGGGCGUCAGCAGGGAAAGGGACUGGUGGCAGUCCUGCUGUGUCACCAGCCCCGUGCCAUUUGUGCUGGCCCGGCUGGCUCAGUGGCUGCUCCACAGAGAUGUCCUGGCUGGUGCUGUCACCUGCUUCUGCUGCUGCCUGUGUCACCCUCCUGCUCGGCUGUGCCUGGCUUGGCUCUGCCACCCAGCCCUCCUCAGCGCUGGUCAGAGGGCGAUCCCUGCUCCGCCUCACUCCCCAGGAGAAGAACGUGUGCUCCCAGGCCUCCGAGGAAGAUUUUCUCAACAGCACCCUCAGCACCCGCCUCCUGCCUGCCCUCUACUCCGUGGUGCUGCUGGUAGGGCUGCCAGCCAACGCUCUGGCCUGCUGGGUCCUGGCCACCAACUUCAGGAGAUGCUCCAGCACCAUCUUCCUGCUCAACCUGGCUGGGGCUGACCUGCUCUUUGUCCUCCUGCUGCCCUUCAAGAUCUCCUACCACCUCCUGGGCAACCACUGGCUCUUUGGGGACUACCUGUGCCGCACCAUGGUGGCCUUCUUCUACGGGAACAUGUACAGCUCCAUCCUCUUCCUCACCUGCAUUGGCCUGGAUCGCUACUUCUCCGUGGCACACCCGUUCCUGUGGAAGGGCUCCAGCCGGACGAGGGCCAAGGUGGGCAUCUGUGUGGGCAUCUGGCUGGUGGUGGGGCUGGGCAUGAGCCCCCUGCUCUUGCGCUCCCACACACACAACAUCUCCAGCCUGAACAUCACGACGUGCCACGACGUGCUAGAAAAGGAAACCCAAAGGUUCUUUGGCUACUAUUUCCUGUCCCUGGUGGGGCUGGGCUUUGGCCUGCCCUUCGUGCUCAUGACCGUCUCCUACAGCUGCAUCCUGGCACGGCUGCUGGCCAAGGGAGGGAACUACCGGCAGGUGGUGCGUGUCCUGGCCCUGGUCCUCGUGGUCUUCAUCCUCUGCUUCACGCCCAGCAACGUGAUGCUCUUCAUCCACUACCUGCUGGAGCCCACGGGGUGCAACAACAGCACCUACAUCUCCUACGCCCUGGUCCUGGUGCUCAGCGCCUGCAACAACUGCUUUGAUCCCUUCAUCUACUUCUACGUCUCCCAGGAUUUUCGGGGCUGGGUCCGGGAUGCAGGAGGCCGUUGCCUGCAGGGGCUCGAGGCCUCGUUGGGGAGGUCCACAGAGAAGAUGGCCUUGCCCCUGAGGUCCAGCGGGCAGAGCUAGGGCUGCCAAGCCAUGCUCCCAUGCCUUGGGGAUGAGGGAGCCUGAAGCGUGCCCACCACGAAGGGCUGGAAAUAGACUUGGGAAAAAAUUCCCACCUGGAUCUGAGGUUCACGAGGAUUUUGCCUCAUUUUUGCUCCCCUGAUGGCAGCAGUGCUGCCCAAUCCCAUGGGACCCCCAGCUGGGUGCCUGGCACCCUGAUCUCCCCAUCUGCCGGACCCUGGCAUCCUUCACCCCUCCUCCUGCAGUGAC